AUGCGUCUGUCUUCAGGUCUUCUCGCGGCUUUUGCCUCGGGUGCUUUCGCCCAGAACUUCCCGCGCUUCUCCAACAGCAGCUCUUCUGCUCUUGAGUCCACCGCCACUGUUCCCACCACUGUCGACACUACCACCAGUGCCGCUCCCAGCUCUACCUCCGGCCCCGCCUCUCAGUCCGUUGAUCUUGGCUCUGCCACUCUUGGCCGCGGUUCAGACUUCGUGACUGGCCCCAAUGGCGAGACUAUUGUUCGCAUGUCUGCCGGAGCCAAUGGUAUCGCUCAGUUCAGCGCUAACCCAUCGGUUACCAUCUUCUCGGUUGGAACCAAGAUCCAGCUCCGCUUCAGCAUUAGCGUCAGUGCUAUAAUCGAGGCUCGCAAGCGUGCUUUCGAGGGCUGCACUCUCGAUGUCACCCUCGACGGCGAGACUGUCUACUCCGAGCCCCUUGCCGACACCAACGGCGCCGCUGUUGAGCAAUCCAGCAACCCUACUGCCCUUAACUCCGACAAGCCUGAUAUCCAGUUCCUCCAGUCUUGCGGUUCUGAUCCCGUCCAGCUCGAUGUCUCCAACCUCGCUGUCGCUGAGGCUACUGAUGGUGGUCCUACUGAUCUUCCCACUGGUACUGGUACCGAGACUGGUACCGAGACUGGCACUGAGAUCGCUACUGGCACCAACUCCGAGGGCGCUACCACCAACUCUGAGGGUGAGACUGUGAUCCCCACUGGCACUGAGACCGCUGUCGAGACCAACAGCGCUGGCUUCACCACCAACUCUGAGGGCGAGACUGUUGUUCCUACUGGUACUGAGACCGCUGUCGAGACCAACAGCGCUGGCUUCACCACCAACUCUGAGGGCGAGACUGUUGUUCCUACUGGUACUGAGACCGCUGUCGAGACCAACAGCGCUGGCUUCACCACCAACUCUGAGGGCGAGACUGUUGUUCCUACUGGUACUGAGACCGCUGUCGAGACCAACAGCGCUGGCUUCACCACCAACUCUGAGGGCGAGACUGUUGUUCCUACUGGUACUGAGACCGCUGUCGAGACCAACAGCGCUGGCUUCACCACCAACUCUGAGGGCGAGACUGUUGUUCCUACUGGUACUGAGACCGCUGUCGAGACCAACAGCGCUGGCUUCACCACCAACUCUGAGGGCGAGACUGUUGUUCCUACUGGUACUGAGACCGCUGUCGAGACCAACAGCGCUGGCUUCACCACCAACUCUGAGGGCGAGACUGUUGUUCCUACUGGUACUGAGACCGCUGUCGAGACCAACAGCGCUGGCUUCACCACCAACUCUGAGGGCGAGACUGUUGUUCCUACUGGUACUGCCACUGGCACCGAGGCUUCUGCUUCUGCCUCUGCUACUUCCCCUGCUGGUUUCCCCGAUUCUAUCGGUGUCUUCAGCCUCUUCGGCUGUGUCGGUUCCUCUGCUGGCUUCCCCACCUUCGAGCUCGCUGAGAGCAACGCUCUGAUGGAUCUUGAGCGCUGCGCUUCUCUCUGCACUGGCCGUGCCUACUUCGGUGUUUACGAUACUGCUUGCUACUGUGGUGAUGAGAUCGAUGCCGAUAACACCAGCCGUGUUGAUAUCGACCAGUGUGACAUUAAGUGCCCUGGCGACAAGGACCACUUCUGUGGUGGUGAUACCCGCCGCAGCCGUCUCCAGGCCCGUCAAGCUGUCGCCGCCGGCCGUCUUCUGACCGUCUACGUCUCUGCCGCCGGAGCCGGCGCCACUGUCACUGACUCUGUUACCAAGACCGUUACCGACCAGACCACUGUCACCACCACCUUCACCACCGCCAUCACUGGUGCCCUGAGCACCACCACCGCUACCGUCACCGCCGUCCAGAUCUGCGUCAACGGAAAGUGCUACACUAAGGGCUCUGACCGCACCGUCUUCAUCUUCAUUGAGGUCAACGGCAGCGACUGUGACAACGAGUGGGUCUACAUCACCGAGAAGUGUUCUUGCCAGGGUGGUAAGCAAUACGUCCCCAAGUUCUGCUCCGGUGGCAGCUGUGCCGGAAAGAUUGUCUACAAGACACAGGAGUGCCACGACUGGUGGAACCACGAGACCUUCUUCGUCGCUGCUGACUGCGGCUGCAAGGAGAAGACCGUUAUCUACAAGCCUUGGGAGAACAGCUGGGGUACCCCUGAUAACUGCAAGGCUGAGAAGGUCCCUGUCUGCUCUGGCCCCAAGUGCCCUGCUCCCAAGGUUCCUACUCACGGUGGUUACAUUCACCCUCCUACCAACGGCACCUGGACUAACGGCACUACUCACUGCCCUGGCCCCCACUGCCCUAGCCCUGUUCCUAACUGCUCUGGCCCCAACUGCCCCAGCCCUGUUCCUCACUGCUCUGGCCCCAGCUGCCCCAGCACCACGGUUGUCACCCUUGUCCCUGGCUGCAGCGGACCUGGCUGCCCCGCCAAGCCCACUGGCACUGUCCCCGCCAUCGUCAACGGUGCCGGCAAGCAGGUUGUUGGAGCUGCUACCCUCUUCGCUGCUCUCUUUGCAGCCCUUCUCUAG